CAGUUUCUGUUUUCAACAGUUGGUUGUCCAAGAAGAUUUAUUUCUUGUCAACGUACUGACUGUCCUUAAAUUUGAAGCUUCUAAAAAUCUGAUGAAGUUGCGACAACCUGUCAACAAAGACAAGUGGAUGACAGAACCUGCCGUUGUGAACGCUUUCUACAAUCCAAAUAAAAACGACAUUGUGUUUCCAGCCGGAAUCCUUCAGCCAUUGUUCUACAGUCACUAUUUUCCUAAAUCACUGAACUACGGAGGAAUUGGUGUGGUUAUUGGCCACGAAAUUACACAUGGAUUUGAUGACAAAGGGCGCCAGUUUGAUAAAGACGGUAAUUUAAAACAGUGGUGGAACAAUGGAACAAUUGAAAGAUUUCGUGAGCGUGCGCAGUGUAUCGUUGACUAUUAUUCGAGCUACGUUCUAGAGGACAUAGGAUUGAAUGUAAAUGGAAAAAUGACUCAAGGAGAAAACAUUGCUGAUAACGGUGGACUCAAGCAGUCGUACAGGGCGUACAAGAAGUGGGUAGAGAAGAACGGAAAGGAACCGUUACUUCCCGGUAUUCGUCUCAGUCACGAUCAGUUGUUCUUCCUGAACUUCGCUCAGAUUUGGUGUGGAACCAUGAGACCAGAAGACGCCCUGACCAAGAUUCGAUCGUCGGUUCACAGUCCAGGGCCAAUUCGGGUUCUUGGGCCUUUAUCAAAUUCUUAUGACUUCGCACGAGCCUACAACUGUCCAGUUGGAAGUAGGAUGAAUCCCGAAAAAAAGUGUUCAGUAUGGUGAACUUAUUCACCAUUUUUAUGUCUCAUAGAACAGACAGUUCAACUGCCUGUACAUUGAAAACCAAAAUGAACCUAUACGUGCAAUGAAAAGUAAAACCGGAACUUCUUACCAAAGGGACUUAUUUUCGUGUUGAAGAAUGAAGAGUUAAAGAAAUGAAGACUUCAAUUUAUGACACUGGUUUAUCAUGUUGUUGUUUUUUUCAGAGUUUAAUAUGAGGUACAUUUUGUUAGUAAAAUAUGGCUUAAUUUACGGCUUUUUAAUGAAGAAAGCUUAAUGGUAAAUCAAGAAAAUAUACGUUGAAUAAUGAAAAAAAAAAUAUUCAAUAUUUUUUAUUUAGUUUUCACAUAAAAUGUUUAUAUAGAGAACUGACAUUAUGUAGUUUGAAAAUUCAUUCGGUUUACCCUUUCAACAUGGCAGCAUAAAAAUAAAAGUUGUCAAUUUUUCAGGUCUGGAAAAAUGUCGGCAGAAAGGUCAUUUACGUUCUUCCUGAUAUUGGAACUUUUUAAUAAAAAAAACUACUCACCUUAGUUCAAAUGAUUUAUAGUUUCGUUUCGAGUUUCCUUACUGAUAAUAAGCAUUUUUCAUUAUAAGAACAGGUACGACGUUUUGAACGAUUUUACUAAAAGGCUUAACGUUUUAAGUGUUUUAAUAGUAAGUAUAUUUAAACUUUAUAAACUGAUCGUUUUAGAUACGUUAAAGAUAUAUCGAAACUGAAAUACAACAUAUUUCUAGCAUUGUUUAAAGAUAUUAUGAUAUAAAAGUUAUUAGGUUUAGGACAGCAAUAUUAUUUAAUAUAAAAUGUUAUCUUUGGAAGCUGCAAGAAACCAUUUUUUACGUUACCAGAAAUCUUAUCGAGAGAUCGAUGGUUAAAGAAUGGUAUAUUGUUUAAUAAUAAAGAUUAUAUAGAGUUUAAUUUACAAGGUUAAAGAAACAUUUAAACGCUUCUUAUUUAAUUUUUACCCAUAAAAAUAUUGGUUACAUAUUAAAUUAACACUUUCUAUAACCUUUAAAACGUGGUCAAGAAACGACCGAAUUCUUUUAAACUUCGUAUAUUUUAAGUUUUCAGUCUCUACAAUAUUUUUCCAUAACGUAAUGUCCUAAAGUGAAUCUUUUUUUUUGCUAGAAUCCGGGUUUCGAUACCUAAAGUGAAUCUUUUUUGUUAUGUAUAAUAAAGUCAUUAGAAUCAAUACUAAUUAUAAAACUUAGCAUAAUUUCAAGUACUA